AUGGAAGAUAAACCGACGGCAGAAGGAGAUGACGAAGAGAUCAUGAAUGAAGUGAUUCGAAAAGCAAGAGAAUCAAUCGAAGGAACUUCUCCAAGCAGCAAACCUCUGCGAAAGAAACCAAUAAAAAUCUCCAAGGACGAUCAUGCAGUGAGAAAAAUGUGCGAGCGCUUUAAUAUCAGGGCCGAGAGGGAAGAACCGGAUCCUAUUCCUGAUGAUUUUGCGAAUGAUCCAGAAAUCAAAAAGUACUGGAGUCAGCGAUAUCGUCUCUUUUCGAAAUGGAAUGAGGGAAUCAAGAUGGACAGAGAAUCGUGGUUUUCAGUCACUCCCGAGCAAAUUGCACAGCACAUCGCUGAGCGAUGCCGUUGUGAGCUAAUAGUUGAUGGAUUCUGCGGAGUUGGAGGAAAUGCGAUUCAAUUUGCUUUUACCUGCGAGCGAGUUAUUGCGAUUGAUAUCGACCCCGUAAAGAUUGAAAUGGCAAGACAUAAUGCAGCCAUCUACGGAGUUGCAGACAGAAUCGAGUUCAUCGUCGGAGACUACUUCAAAAUCAUUCCGUUUCUACGACCCGACGUUGUCUUUCUGUCUCCUCCCUGGGGCGGCCCCGCUUACUUGGAUCAGAAAAUGUUCGAUCUCGAAAAUAUGGGCGGACUAGAUGGCGUGGAAAUCUUCGAUGCUGCGAAGAAAAUAACUGAUAAUAUUGCAUAUUUUGUCCCUCGAAAUACGAAUUCUGCGCAGUUAGCGAUGCUCGCUGGAGAAAAUGAAAAAGUCGAGAUCGAGCAAAAUAUGCUCAAUUUCAAGACAAAAACCAUCACUGCCUACUUUGGAGAGCUCAUUGUCGAACAUAACGAGAGGUGCAAGCAGAAGGUCGCGAAGAAAAAAGAAUGCAAACCGAAAGAGGAGAUGCUCGAUACCUUUGAUGAACCUGGCAAAACCAAGUGCGAGCCCGAAGUCGUCUAUGUCCAGCCUGAGCCUGAAGUCGUCGUUGUUCAACCCGAGCCAGAAGUGCAGACCGUCUUCCGAACCUGGAGAGUCAACGCUGAUGGCACCAAAGAACUCAUCGAAGAAACUACCGACUAA